AUGUGUGGGGGGGGGGGGGAGUCGAUCGACCAGGACGCACACAGGAAGUACACACUGUCGUCCGAGGCAGAGCUGCUCCUGAUCCGAGCCCUGACCCUGGGAAAGGUCCUCAGACCGGAGGCGUUCGGCGAGGAGGUGCGGCAGGCGGCGUCCAGCGGUUUUGUGGGUUGUUUGUCUUCGGUGCAGUUCAAUCACGUGGCGCCGCUGAAGGCCUCUCUGACCAGCAGGGGGAGCUCUCUGGUGUCAGUGCGAGGGCCGCUGGUGCAGUCCAACUGUGGAGUGAUGGAGGAUUCAGCGUCUCACUCCUCCACAGCCCAAAGCCGCUCUGCGCUUUGGUUCAAAGCCUGGACUCCACCUGGACUCCACCUGGACUCCACCUGGACUUCACCUGGACUCCACCUGGACUCCACCUGGACUCCACCUGGACUCCACCUGGACUCACCCUGGACUUCACCUGGACUUCACCUGGACUCCACCUGGACUCCACCUGGACUCCACCUGGACUCCACCUGGACUCACCCUGGACUCACCCUGGACUUCACCUGGACUUCACCUGGACUUCACCUGGACUCCACCUGGACUCCACCUGGACUCCACCUGGACUCCACCUGGACUCACCCUGGACUCACCCUGGACUUCACCUGGACUUCACCUGGACUUCACCUGGACUUCACCUGGACUUCACCUGGACUUCACCUGGACUCCACCUGGACUUCACCUGGACUCCACCUGGACUUCACCUGGACUCCACCUGGACUCCACCUGGACUUCACCUGGACUCCACCUGGACUUCAUCUGGACUUCACCUGGACUCCACCUGGACUUCAUCUGGACUUCACCUGGACUCCACCUGGACUUCACCUGGACUCCACCUGGACUUCACCUGGACUCCACCUGGACUCCACCUGGACUUCACCUGGACUCCACCUGGACUUCAUCUGGACUUCACCUGGACUCCACCUGGACUUCAUCUGGACUUCACCUGGACUCCACCUGGACUUCACCUGGACUCCACCUGGACUUCACCUGGACUCACCCUGGACUCACCCUGGACUCACCCUGGACUCCACCUGGACUCCACCUGGACUCCACCUGGACCCACCUGGACUCACCCUGGACUCACCCUGGACUUCACCUGGACUUCACCUGGACUUCACCUGGACUCCACCUGGACUCCACCUGGACUCCACCUGGACUCCACCUGGACUCACCCUGGACUCACCCUGGACUUCACCUGGACUUCACCUGGACUUCAUCUGGACUUCACCUGGACUCCACCUGGACUCCACCUGGACUUCACCUGGACUCACCCUGGACUCACCCUGGACUCACCCUGGACUCCACCUGGACUCUACCUGGACUCCACCUGGACUCCACCUGGACUCACCCUGGACUCCACCUGGACUCCACCUGGACUCCACCUGGACCCCACGGCACUUAGCCCCAUCCAUCAAUCAAAGUCUCUCCCAUCUCAGCCCAAAGCCGCUCUGCGCUUUGGUUCAAAGCCUGGACUCCACCUGGACUCCACCUGGACUCCACCUGGACUUCACCUGGACUCCACCUGGACUCCACCUGGACUCCACCUGGACUCACCCUGGACUUCACCUGGACUUCACCUGGACUCCACCUGGACUCCACCUGGACUCCACCUGGACUCCACCUGGACUCACCCUGGACUCACCCUGGACUUCACCUGGACUUCACCUGGACUUCACCUGGACUCCACCUGGACUCCACCUGGACUCCACCUGGACUCCACCUGGACUCACCCUGGACUCACCUGGACUACCCUGGACUUCACCUGGACUUCACCUGGACUUCACCUGGACUUCACCUGGACUUCACCUGGACUUCACCUGGACUCCACCUGGACUUCACCUGGACUCCACCUGGACUUCACCUGGACUCCACCUGGACUCCACCUGGACUUCACCUGGACUCCACCUGGACUUCAUCUGGACUUCACCUGGACUCCACCUGGACUUCAUCUGGACUUCACCUGGACUCCACCUGGACUUCACCUGGACUCCACCUGGACUUCACCUGGACUCACCCUGGACUCACCCUGGACUCACCCUGGACUCCACCUGGACUCCACCUGGACUCCACCUGGACUCCACCUGGACUCACCCUGGACUCACCCUGGACUUCACCUGGACUUCACCUGGACUUCACCUGGACUCCACCUGGACUCCACCUGGACUCCACCUGGACUCCACCUGGACUCACCCUGGACUCACCCUGGACUUCACCUGGACUUCACCUGGACUUCAUCUGGACUUCACCUGGACUCCACCUGGACUCCACCUGGACUUCACCUGGACUCACCCUGGACUCACCCUGGACUCACCCUGGACUCCACCUGGACUCUACCUGGACUCCACCUGGACUCCACCUGGACUCACCCUGGACUCCACCUGGACUCCACCUGGACUCCACCUGGACCCCACGGCACUUAGCCCCACCCAAAGCCGCUCUGCGCUUUGGUUCAAAGCCUGGACUCCACCUGGACUCCACCUGGACUUCACCUGGACUCCACCUGGACUCCACCUGGACUCCACCUGGACUCACCCUGGACUUCACCUGGACUUCACCUGGACUCCACCUGGACUCCACCUGGACUCCACCUGGACUCCACCUGGACUCACCCUGGACUCACCCUGGACUUCACCUGGACUUCACCUGGACUUCACCUGGACUCCACCUGGACUCCACCUGGACUCCACCUGGACUCCACCUGGACUCACCCUGGACUCACCCUGGACUUCACCUGGACUUCACCUGGACUUCACCUGGACUUCACCUGGACUUCACCUGGACUUCACCUGGACUCCACCUGGACUUCACCUGGACUCCACCUGGACUUCACCUGGACUCCACCUGGACUCCACCUGGACUUCACCUGGACUCCACCUGGACUUCAUCUGGACUUCACCUGGACUCCACCUGGACUUCAUCUGGACUUCACCUGGACUCCACCUGGACUUCACCUGGACUCCACCUGGACUUCACCUGGACUCACCCUGGACUCACCCUGGACUCACCCUGGACUCCACCUGGACUCCACCUGGACUCCACCUGGACUCCACCUGGACUCACCCUGGACUCACCCUGGACUUCACCUGGACUUCACCUGGACUUCACCUGGACUCCACCUGGACUCCACCUGGACUCCACCUGGACUCCACCUGGACUCACCCUGGACUCACCCUGGACUUCACCUGGACUUCACCUGGACUUCAUCUGGACUUCACCUGGACUCCACCUGGACUCCACCUGGACUUCACCUGGACUCACCCUGGACUCACCCUGGACUCCACCUGGACUCUACCUGGACUCCACCUGGACUCCACCUGGACUCCACCUGGACUCACCCUGGACUCCACCUGGACUCCACCUGGACUCCACCUGGACCCCACGGCACUUAGCCCCAAUCAAGAUGCCGCUAACAAAGGAGAGAUGCAUGAUGGGAACGGCACCCGCAGGGAUCUGGCAGUAAUAGCAGGAGUGGUGACGGCCGUGGUCUUCAUCGCUGGCUGCGCUCUGGCCGUGGUCACUCGACUCCUGUACCAGCAGAAACGAUCCCAAACCAGCAUCAAAGAGGAGCACAGACACAACAUGUACACAGACUUCCCCCCCACAGAGAGCCACCUCCACCCCGCGGCCCGCGACAGCAUGAAGGAGUUCUACAUAUGA